UCCCAUCUCUCUCGGUGGGGAUUAUACUACUUGGCUGAGUGGAUUGCUUUCUCAUUAAUCUAUGGAAAUCAUUUAAUACGAGCUCUGAUGGGUAAUUCUAUGUUAUCAAUUCUGUACAAAGGCUUUGGCGGAAAUCCUGCGUAAGAUUAAUAUUGGGUCAGGUGAAGAAAUUGUUGUGCCUCUCAAAAUGAAUCUUAUUUGCUUUAUUUUGUCGCUGUUUCUCUAUUUUGGGCUGUCCACAUAUGGGUUUAGUAAGAAUGUUUCUUCAAGACCUGCUGUUGUGAAUAUUGGAGCUCUUUUUACGUUUGAAUCUACCAUAGGAAGAGUCGCCAAGAUUGCCAUUGAGGAAGCUGUGAAAGAUGUCAACUCCGAUUCCAGCAUUCUCCAUGGAACAAAACUUGCUGUAACUAUGCAAGAUUCCAAUUGCAGUGGGUUUUUUGGCAUGGUUGGAGCUUUGCAAUUUAUGGAGACUGAUAUAGUUGCCAUCAUCGGCCCGCAAUCUUCCGUAGUUGCGCAUAUUAUAUCCCAUGUAGCAAAUGAACUCCAAGUUCCUCUAUUAUCGUUUGGGGCCUCAGAUCCCACCCUCUCUUCCCUUCAGUUUCCCUUUUUUGUUAGAACAAGACCGAGCGAUUUGUACCAAAUGACAGCAGUGGCUGACGUUGUUGAUUAUUAUGGUUGGAAGGAUGUAAUUGCCAUUUUCAUUGACGAUGACUACGGACGGAAUGGUGUGUCAGCAUUAGAUGAUAAACUAGCAGAGAGGCGCUGUAGAAUUUCCUACAAGCAGGGAAUUAGCCCUGGGUCUGAAGUUAAUCGGGGUGACAUUAUGGAUCUUCUUAUCAAGGUUGAAUUAAUGGAGUCUCGAAUUAUUGUUCUGCAUGUAAAUCCUGAUUCAGGAUUUAUGGUUUUCUCUGUAGCACAAUAUCUUGGAAUGAUGGGAAAUGGCUUUGUAUGGAUAGCUACUGAUUGGCUCUCCUCUGUUUUAGAUUCUGCUGCUCCUCUUCCUUCAGAGACAAUGGAUUCAAUACAAGGAGUUCUUGUUUUGCGCCAACAUACACCAUAUUCAGAUAGAAAAAAAGCUUUUUUCUCUAGGUGGAAAAAGUUAACUGGUGGUUCUUUGGGAUUGCAUUCAUAUGGUCUUUCUGCUUAUGAUUCUGUUUGGCUGCUUGCCCAUGCUAUUGAUGCAUUUUUUAACCAGGGAGGGGUGAUUUCUUUUUCUAAUGAUUCUAGGUUGCAGUCUGCAUUAGGUGACAAUCUCCACCUUGAAGCAAUGAAUAUUUUUGAUGAUGGAAUUCUACUGUUGCAGAGCAUCCUGCAGAGUAACCUUGUUGGUUUGACAGGUCCUAUUAAGUUUAAUUCAGAUAAGUCUCUUAUUCGUCCUGCAUAUGAUAUCAUUAAUGUCAUAGGAACUGGGUUUCGACGGAUUGGUUACUGGUCAAACUAUUCUGGCUUAUCAGUUGUGGAUCCUGAGACGCUCUAUGCAAUGCCACCUAAUCAUUCAAGUGCAAACCAGCAACUAUACAGUGUUAUCUGGCCAGGAGAAACAUUAUUGAAGCCCCGUGGAUGGGUUUUCCCAAACAAUGGGAAGCAACUGAAAAUUGGUGUACCUAAUCGAGCUAGUUACCGAGCAUUUGUAUCACGAGUGCAGGGAACUGAUAUGUUUAAGGGUUUCUGCAUAGAUGUAUUUACAGCUGCUGUAAACUUGUUACCUUAUGCUGUUCCAUACCGAUUUGUCCCUUUUGGAAAUGGUCUCGAAAACCCAAGCUACACAGAGCUUGUAAAUAUGAUCACAACUGGUGAUUUUGAUGCUGCUGUUGGUGACAUUGCAAUUGUCACAAAUCGAACAAGAAUUGUGGAUUUUACACAGCCAUAUGCUUCAUCUGGACUUGUUGUUGUGGUCCCAUUAAAAAAAAAAAACUCUGGUGCUUGGGCUUUCCUGCGGCCAUUUAGUCGAAAUAUGUGGAUUGUCAGUGCUUGUUUCUUCCUUUUGAUUGGCACUGUUGUGUGGAUUCUGGAGCAUAGAACAAAUGAUGAGUUCAGGGGCCCUCCUAAAAAACAACUUAUAACCAUUCUAUGGUUUAGCCUCUCAACUAUGUUUUUUGCCCAUAGAGAAAACACUGUGAGCACCCUUGGUCGAAUGGUGCUAAUCAUAUGGCUCUUUGUGGUAUUGAUAAUCAACUCAAGCUAUACUGCGAGUCUGACAUCAAUCCUCACAGUGCAGCAUCUGUCUUCGCCUAUUAAAGGGAUUGAAAGCUUGAAGAUGAGUGAGGAGCAAAUAGGGUACCAAGUGGGCUCCUUUGCUGAACAUUAUUUGGAGGAACUUGGCAUAUCCAGAUCUAGGCUUGUUGCCCUUGGAUCACCUGAUGCAUAUGCUUUAGCCCUUCAGCGCGGUCCUGAAAAAGGCGGUGUUGCAGCGAUUGUUGAUGAACUUCCUUAUGUAGAACUAUUCCUCUCCAGCCAGUGCAAAUUCAGGGUUGUAGGUCAAGAGUUCACCAAAAGCGGCUGGGGUUUUGCAUUUCCUCGGGACUCUCCUUUAGCAAUUGACAUGUCAACUGCUAUUCUACAACUGUCGGAGAAUGGUGAUCUUCAGCGGAUCCAUGAUAAGUGGUUGAUGCGAAGUACUUGCAGUUUAGAGACUGCUGAAAUUGAAUCAGAUCAGCUUCAACUUAAAAGCUUCUGGGGUCUCUUUCUUAUUUGUGGGAUAGCUUGCUUCUUUGCUCUCUUCAUAUAUUUCUUGCAGAUUAUGCAGCAGUCAUGCCGAACUGCCCCCUCUGAAUCUAUCUCAGCUGGUCCAAAUAACUCAAUUUCUGGGCGUGUCAGGAGAUUGUUGUCAUUGAUGGAUGAGAAAGUAGACCACUCAAAUAGUGGAAGUAAAAGAAGGAAAGUGGAAAGAUCAUUAUCUGAAAGUUCCAAGGACAGUGAGUGGGUAAGUAGGAGACAGACUGGAAUGACUACUGGGACCAACAUCAGCUCAAGCAAUUAACUUCGUUUUUCAUUUGGGGCAUCCCUAAUCAUAGUAUCAUUACAUGAUUUGUUACGCUUUGUCCUAACCACGGCUUUAGGCAUCAAUUUUACUUUGUACACUACCGCUCCCAAGCUCACAGCAUUUGCCACUCUUUAUGUGCUUGACAACUGAUCGUACCAUGUUUUGUACAAGUCCUUUCGAGUUCCUCCUGUCUGAGAGCUUCAGCACAAAUUAAUUCAGCAUAUUUUGGUACCUCAAACCAGUCCUGGGAAGCUCCUACAACAUCAAUCGAGGAAAAAUACUGCUUGCUGAUUAUGUAAACAUGUUUUGUGAGACAGUAUUGCGAUAUUAAGCCAAGACCUGUUUCACGUAUUCUUUUGUGAAAUUGAU